AUGUCCGUAAUUACACUUUCGUUAGUACUACUUGUUGUAAUAAACCUUAGUUUUUCUGGCCCAACUAAAUCAUGUCACCAACCAAUGUGUGCUAUUCAUUGUCAAUAUGGUUUCAAAACAGGUAAUGAUGGGUGUCCAACGUGUUCUUGUAAACGCACUCCGUGUCAAGAUGAAUCCAAACCGUUGCCUGGAUAUUUUUGUGGCCGUGGUAUUAAUCGUCGAGAUUGUCCAGCCACGCACUCAUGCGUGAUUUCUCCGGUUGAUGCAUAUGCUGUCUGCUGCGAAAAAUCUGAAACAUUAUCAGAAAAACCAGGAUUGUGUCCCGAGGAAACAGGAAUGGGGAUAUGUACUGCUGUUUGCAACGAUGAUUGGAGCUGUGAAGGUGAAAUGAAAUGUUGUGGUAAUUGUCCUCGUGGCUGCGUUAAACCAGUUCUCUAA